AUGUCUUUUGGCACUUUCGAGCGGACCCGCCGCUGUGGAUCUUCGCGGGCCAGCCGCGAGUGCAAUCUGAGCGGGCCCGCCGCUACGCUAUGUGAGUCUGCGCGGGCUAGCCGCGAGUGCAGAGCGUUUGCGCGGGCCAGCCGCGAGCGCAGUCUGAGGCUGAACUUCUUCGCCUACCAAUCUCAAAGUCACCAGGCGAGUGUAUCUCCGUCAACAACAGGCUGGCAGACAAGCCUACAUCGAACAGCCUCAAUGGUCUCUUGCCUGGGACGCUGCAGCUUUACGUCUCCGAGGACAUCGAGCCGAGUUCCACCAAUGCGCCUACGGAGCCAGGUUCUGGACUACAUCUACCACGUGGUCUUACAUCCGGAAACCUACGGCUAUCCUCACCACCGAGGAAAUCUGAAGUGCCCUGGCGGACAUCAACAUGUGCCCCUACAGGGCUCAUGCCCCGGCAUCGGCAGCCUCACCGAAGCCGCCGCGGCAUACCAGCCUGACAUGCGCAAGGCCCUCAAAAAUGCCAUCCAGCUCGUCACUGAACUGCGGAAGGAACAAGACUUCGUGAAUGCAGACGAGCCCACGGACAACGCCGACGCUCUCUGGAUUCAAAUCCAGGGCAAGCCAGUCCCGGUCCUCACCAGGCUCCAUUCGGCGACUCGCUACAUGGCAGCUCGUGUCUUAGUCACUGAGGGCAGCCAGGACUUCAUUCAGGCCGCGCAGAGAGGGUGGAUCAGGAUCUUCGGACCGCCACAGAUGCUCCAAGUGGACUCUCACAGCAUGGUGCUCCGAGCUUGUGAGACAGUGCAAGAACCCAUCAAGCUGGCCAUAUCUCCUGGAGAAGCGCAUGAACGCCUUGCAAAGACGAACCGACUACUACGCCGAGCACUGGACAUCUUCCUAGGUACCAACCACACCUUCCCGGACAACUGGUCGAAGAGGAAUCCUGUGCACCUUCAGCCUUCCGAGCAAUUCCAGCAGAAGCUGCAACUACAGCUCCAGGCCAGCCAGGCCAUCUUGACAGCUGACACCGAUUAUUGUGGACAAGCUGAACCGCUGAGCAUCGGCGCCAGAGUCUACGACUGGCGCGACGCCGCCGGAACAACAACCUACGUCGAUCUCACCAAGUCCAACAAGCGGAAGCUCGAAGAUGUAAUCACUGAUGAUGAGACGGAGGAGCCCGACAACAAGAGACUUUCUGAGCUAUUAAAGCCUGAAGGACCUCUCACAGACUACUGGGAGAUCUCGCCAGAUGGCAGCGCGUUCGAGAGAGUCCAUGUGACCUCACGACGACAGCUAUUCUGUCCAUCUCCGGAAGACCCCGAUAUUCCGUACAACCAAUUGGGCAGCCUCCGGCACACGGAGAUCUAUCGCAUAGAGCCAACGACCGGCCAACAGGCCCAGGAGGACAGGUGGCGGAACAGCCAACGAAGAAUUUUACCACACCUCAGAGGGUCGCAGCACAUACGCUGGAGCACCUCUGGGGAGAUCGCUACGGCCAAUGUCAAGACCAUCCACAACAGCAACAAGGCCCUCCGGCGCGCGAAGGCCAACGCUGAUGUGGGACUGAUGUAUGAGCGCGUCACCGACAACCAGAACGACUGGAGUCUUGUCGCAUGGUCAGAUGCAGCUUUGGCCUGCCGCAAGAUCGACCCUGGCAGCGAGAGCCAAGCAGCAGCUGAAGCAGCAGACAGCCUCACCUUCGCGGCCAAUUUCUACUCCAUCAUGAUGAACCCUAACAUGGGUCUCGAGGAGAUUGAGUUGGGCAUCGUGCAGACGCCCGCUGUCCUCGUCGUGGAUGCCACAGCCCUCUACGACCUCCUGGACAAGCAAGAGGAGAAGACGUCCGAGGUCAACGGCAAGGUACGCUGGGUCUCCUCUGAAAGACAACUGGCAGACGGACUGACUAAGAUGUCAGCAGGGCAGAUCCUGGCCGAUCGACUCCGUCUUCAUUGGACUCGAUUGGUGGACGACGGCUCCUACCAGGCCGCCAGGAAGAAGACACCACAGGAGCGGAAGGAAAGCGCAUACCAAUAUGCCAUCUCCAGAGCCAAAUCAGCAAGGGAUUUGCAGCGUCAACUUCAGACGAGGGAUAACGCAGAGAUCUACCUCUGCCGCGGUGGCACCACCUACCACCUCGAGCAGUGCGCCGAGCACCGCUCCUGGGAGGUCUUGUCAAUGGGGAUCCCCGUCCUUCAGCGCUUUGCAGUCUUCGACUCGGAGCAGCUCCCAGAGCCACUGCAGCGACUUGCACAGAUUCUGGCGCCACAUGCGCGACAGGAAGGCCAUGGGCCAGUCUUCGACUCGGAGCAGCUCCCAGAGCCACUGCAGCGACUUGCGGCGGAUGACCAGAUUCUGGCGCCGCAUGCGCGACAGGAAGACAUCCCUGCGGGGCAGCGCGGACCGAUGCUAGUACCCGGCCUAGGAAUGCCGGCGCACAAAAUGCCAAUUGCGCAUCCCAGCGAUUUUGGCGACAGCUAUGGCUAUACGGACCCAGAGCCAGGUGCCGCAGGCGGGGGCAAGCUUCUGUCUUCGACUCGGAGCAGCUCCCAGAGCCACUGCAGCGACUUGCGGCGGAUGACCAGAUUCUGGCGCCGCAUGCGCGACAGGAAGGCCAUGGGCCAGCUCUUCGACUCGGAGCAGCUCCCAGAGCCACUGCAGCGACUUGCGGCGGAUGACCAGAUUCUGGCGCCGCAUGCGCGACAGGAAGGCUCGAAGGUGUGGAAUACCAGCAUCACUCACAUACAGCGUCUAGCAGACCCCAAAUGGCGAUGGUUUCAGCGCGACAUCCCUGCGGGGCAGCGCGGACCGCUGCUAGUACCCGGCCUAGGAAUGCCGGCGCACAAAAUGCCAAUUGCGCAUCCCAGCGAUUUUGGCGACAGCUAUGGCUAUACGGACCCAGAGCCAGGUGCCGCAGGUAGCUCUGCCGGUGCAAGAGGUGCUCCUGGUCUUGUAGGCAUGCUGCCUUGCAGACUCUGAGUAUGACUUGCGGCCUUUGCGCACGGAGUGCAGAUGAGCGACAUUGAGCGACAUAACGGUGUAUCUGUUCAGAAAAUAGGCCGUCCCCUAUGUACUGCUGCCCAACUGGUGGCAUUUCUAAACAUACGCAACAGUUGUCUUUAGGAAGGCAAUCCGGGCGCAAAUGUUCGAC